CGUGGAGCACUGGAGUCCGUUAAGUCCUAACAAGCACGAGCAUGUGUUCUUUGUUCCUGCGCGGAGUUAAUUGAUUUGCAUCUGGAUUAUAAAGCCAAGCAUUACUAGCAUGAAUCAAUACCAUGUAAUGAGGACAUCAACUAGCAUGGUUCUAUAAUUCUUAAUUGAGUCCCAUGCGGCGAACGCACGGCAUUAUUUAGCCCAAUCAAGAUAAACGAAAACAGAAACGAGACGACGCACGGUUUCCGUCUAGUCGUAUAUCCGCGCCCGAUUUCCGUGUUAUCAUAUAGCGGCGCCGGCUGCUAAACUCCAACCGCUGUCCCGACAUCAUUAUCCAACAAUCACAUGCUUUUGCGCUCAUCCACGUUACACAGCCGUGGCUUAACACCUAUCUUGCAAAUACAGCAAUGUCCCAGUCUCCAGAGAACAAGGCGGCCUGGUUGCCAGCCUCCAAAGUCACGCCGCUUGAGAUUGGCCCAGCGCCUUACACAGCACCUGGGCCCCGCCAGAUUGUGGUGAAGAAUGGCGCUCUGGGCAUUAAUUCGGUCGACUGGGCAAAGCAAUUGCUUGGCGAAGGCUUGUUGGGCUAUCUGAGCUAUCCAUUCAUCCUUGGAGAAGAUGUGGCCGGCACCGUUGUCGAGGUGGGCGAGGGCGUAAAGCGCUUCCGCGUCGGCGAUCGUGUCGUGGCCACGGCUUCUGCCAUCUCUGUCAACAACACCCUCGAGGGCGGAUUUCAACUAUACACGCCCAUACGCGAGUGGAUGGCCGCACCGCUGCCAGACUCCAUUUCCUUUGAGCAAGCUAGUGUGCUCCCGCUAGCAAUCCUCACGGCUUCUCACGGCCUGUUUGAUACCGACUACCUCGGCUUGGACUUGCCCACUGUUCCUGCGCGUCAGCCUAGCAACGGCAAACGAGCCGUCGUCAUCACCGGUGGAGCAUCAGUUGUUGGCAGCACCGCCAUCCAGCUCGCGGUUUCUGCCGGCUAUGACGUUGUAUCGACGGCGUCGCCGAAGAACUUCGAAUACGUCAAGGCUCUCGGUGCCAUGCACGUGUUUGACUACAAGAGCGACACCGUCGUCGACGAUAUCUCUGCCGCCGUGAAGGGCCUCCAUCUUGCUGGUGGCUAUUCCAUUGGUGACGGCUCCGUCAAACUGCUGGCGACCGUUCUAGCCCAGCACGAAGGCCCGUCUACCAACAAAUUCAUUGCUCUCGCAGGCGGCCAAGGAGAAGGCACCAAUGACCCGAGUAUUGAGGUCAAGUUUAUCCUUCUCGGUCCGGAUUCCGUUGGUCCUGACUCUAUCACGGGCAAAGUGUACACGGAUUUCCUUCCGGAUGCACUCGCCAAGGGACAGUUUGUGCCAGCACCCGACGCGACUGUCGUGGGCAAAGGGCUGGAAAAGAUCCAAGAGGCUUUUGGAGUUCACAUGCAGGGCGUUUCGGCGAAGAAGAUUGUUGUGUCACUAUGAGAACAGAUGAUUCUUGUAUAGAGGUUAUCUACUAGUAGCUAUCUAGAUAGAAAUUAAAACCCUUGAACUAUGAUUAUGC